AUGACGCUCUACUUUAGUCUAGUCUUCUUCCUCCUCGUGGCCGAAAUGGCUCUCUUCAUGCUGCUCAUCGUACCGCUGCCGUUCACCGCUAAGCGCAAGAUCUUCACCUUUGUCUCCGAGAGCCCCGUCGUCGCCAAGAUCCAGUACUGGAUGAAGAUCUGUUUCGUCUUCAUCCUCAUCCUUUUCAUCGAUAGUGUCAACCGGGUGUACCGUGUUCAGCUUGAGCUCGUUGCUGCCUCGGAGGCUGCCCGCAAAUUCUACUCCCAGCGAAACAUGUACCUCUGCGGCUUCACCCUCUUCCUCUCCCUCAUCCUCAACCGCACCUACGUCAUGAUCCUUGAGGUCAUGCGUCUCGAGGACCGCAUCCGCUCCUACGAGGGUACAAAGGACGACACUAAGCAGAGCGAGAAGCUCGCCGUCGCCGGUGAGCCCGGCGAGAUCGCCGCCCUUAAGAAGGAGCUCAAGAAGAAGGACCAGGACCUCGCCACCCUCAAGAAGCAGUCCGAGCAGCUCCACGAGAGCUACAAUGAGCUCAGCGACAAGUACGCCGCUACCGUCAAGGAUUUCGAGUCGUCAAAGACGAAGUAA